AAUUUUUCUUCUUCUCUUCAAUGACAGAUAGUUGAUGAUCCUUUUGCUCCAACCAUUGCUUCCUGGCCACUCAUUUUUAAGUGGGUGAUCCUUUUGAACUAUAUGCACCAUAGCGAAAUUGUUCAUCGUCUUCUUUCUUUCAACUCAUAAAACAAAAUACAAACCAAUGAAAUUCAGAUUGCCACCGCCGACACCAGUCUUCUUGCCACCGCCCUAUUGCAGAGAUGGGAACCACCAAAUUGCAUCCACCAAAGUCGACUAAUCCCAAUCCCAGAAUCCCAAUCUCAAUCUCAGUCUCAAUCCCAAACCCUAAUCCCAAUCGAAGAACCCUAUAAUCUUACAAAUCCAAAUCGAAACAACCUUGAUGAAUCCCAAAACACAAAUAACUGCCGACGGGAUUGUGAACAACAAUGACGAAUCCCAAUACAUAAAUCAUCGCCCAGCUGGCCCAGCUUUGUUGUUUGGGGAGAAACUUCCCAUCGAAUAGGAAGCCCAGCGCGAGAGAGAGAGAGAGAGAGAGAGAGUUGGCUUCUCCAGGUAAUCGUUGCCCUCUAAAGGAGAUGCGACUCUUUCUCUAUCCAGAUCUAUCGCCUAAACAUAACCCACAAAGAACGACGGUGAAGGAAGGUGGCGGUUGAGAGUUUGGGAGGACUAGGAGCUCCCCUGGUUUCCGAAAACCCUCUAGUCGAAGCGGGGGAUGAAGUCGACAUGUUCCUCGGGGAGUUCACCGUCAGGCACUUCCUCAACUGCUCUGGCUAGUUGGAGAAUUCGACGGCGGAGGCAAGGUUGCCUUCUGCUGCGGCAGAGGAGUACGUGUAGCGAUUUUUCUUCUAGGUAUGAGUGAAUCAUGCUGUUGGGUUCUCGGAGUUUGGGGAAUUUGAGGACGAAGAGGAAAGCAUGGUUUAUGUGUUUGAUUCAUUGCUAUGAGGUUUUUUUUUUAUCAGGCUAAGAGAUUGAAUCUGUUGGUGAAGGUAAUAUGGGAGGUGAUAAUUUAUUUAGGGGUCGUUUGGAAGUUGCGAUUGUGAGUGUUGUAUUUAUAGAAUACAAGAAUUGUCAACAAUACAACGUUUGGAAUUGUCAAAGUGCAAAACAAUGCAUGUAUUGUUAUGUGUGGGUCCCAUCUACAAUCACAAAAAAUGAGGUAUUAUACAAUCUCAACUAAAAGUUGAGAUUGUUGUGAUUGUUACUUUUAGGUUUAUAUCUCCUUUUUAUUUUCAUUUAUAUCCUUAGUAAAGGAGGAAAAGAGUUAUAUGUUGUAUGUUAAAAUAAAGGGUAAAUGUGAUAUUUCCACCAAAAAGUUAUUUUAUAUAAGUUAAUCACUAACCUAUAAACUCAACAACCAAAUAAUGUAAUGUUAAAUGCAACGAUUGUAUCAAUAUAUGUAUUAUAUAUUGCAAUGAUUCUUCACAAUACAACGAUUUAACAUACGCAGUUUCCAAACGACCCCUUAAUUAUGGGAGAAUGGUCGACACUAUGAAGAUUCCAAUACUGCCGGCAGGCCGGAGAGGAAUUCGAGUAGAGAGAGGGAGUCGAAUGUACAGAUUAGAAUAGAGAGAGAGAGUCGAAUGGAUAAGCUCCAUUUUUUAUUUUUUUAUUUUGCUUUUCUAAUUUUAUAAAUAAAAAUCAAAUUGUUAAAAAAUGGUAAUAUCUAUGUGGCAUAUUAAAAUGUUUGAGCUUAAGCCACAUCAACAAAAACUAUCCAGCUCACGUAGCACUCUGUCACGUCAGAGUCAACUAACAGUUGACCGGACGGAAAGUUGAUGGUUUGGCUAUUAAUUUAUUUUCAAAAAAAUUUGGUUAUUAUAUUGUUUAAAAUGAAAUGUUUCGCUAUUAUAUUGUAUUUAUCCUAAAAUAUAACCAUAUAAAUCAUUCGAAACAAUAUAACUACAAUUCUAUAUUGUUAACUACAAUUCCAAUUAGCGAGUAACAACUAGAAAGACAUCAAACACAAGCAUCACAAGAUCAAUCAUUAACAUUCACAAAACAUCAACAAAACAAAAACUACUAGAGUGUGAGGUUUGCUUUGCCGACUACAAAUGAGAGUCAAAGAGAGGUGACUUUUCGGGGUUCUGACUCUUACAUGUUUGAGACUUUGGGUGGAGAGUUAUUUGAAAUAGAUGUGAAUUGGGUGUUUGGAAUUGCAAUUUUGGUUGAUUUUGAAUUUUGAGACUUUUCCCCUUAGCAAAACUCUAAAACUAUGUGAUUGUACUAUAGACGGUUAUUGAUUUUGUUAUCGGUUAGCAGUUAACCACUAAGCAAAAUAUAGCAGAAAACUGAAUCAAUUAUAAAUUAAUUACUAAUCAUCAUUAUCAAUUUGAUUAUCGAUUAGAACUGAUAACCGACGAACAUUGUUCACUGGAGUUGAAGACUUUUCUAGGUUGCAUAGUCGUUACGGGUUCAAAUAACGGGUAGCGAUUUUGGUGCGGGCUUUUUGGUUUUACCCGAACCCGGAUUGUAGAGACCGGACCAGGACCAGAUAGCAAACAAUCCAAUCCCAUCUUCGGGUUUAGAUUUGAGGUACAAAAACCGUUCGGGACCAGAUCAAAAAUUAAAUAAAGACCGGAUAAGAGAGCCCAACACUCAAACGUAACCAACUUCUCACCAUUUGAGGUCUCAUGCCACUCAAAUGUCCACAAGUUCAAUCUAAAAUCAAGACCGAAUUGGGACCGAAAUUGGUCAAGAUCUGACUGUAUCCAAUCAAAUCUUUGGUACUUAUAUUCCGAACAAUACUGAACCGAGACCAGAUCAACUCAGGCCAAUUUAAUCGAACCGGACCUUAUAACGUUUUGAAAUUUUAUGGGGAUUAAAACGUAAUUAUAAGUUCUUUCACCUUUCUGCUUUUUCAGAUUUGCUUCGGUGUUUUUUUGUUGUUGUUGUUGUUGUGAAAAUCAGUUCAUUGCAGUGACGGACUUACGGAGACCCCCGCCCGGGUUACUUCGAUUCCACGUUCUUUUUGUACUCCAGCCCAGAAGUCCGUUCCGACAUACCAAAUGUCUUCCGAUCCCGAUAAGCUCGUUGCUAAGGCCGAUAAGCUAACAAAGCUGACCCUUACAAGGUGGAGUGCUGAUUGGAGAAACGCCACUCUUAACUACGAGCAAGCCGCCAAUGCAUAUAGAGUGGCCAAGAAGUAUGGAAAGGCGAAAGAUGCAUUCGAACAGGCUUCCAAAGGGCAAGAGAUGCUUUCCUCUCCCUGGGACGCUGCUAAGCACAUGGAAUCUGCUGCUGCUCUAGCUAAGGAGAUAGGUAACUGGAAUGAGGUAGCUGACUUGUACAGACGGGCGUCCGAGUUGUACGUUGAAUGUGGGAGGGCGCAACCUGCAUCUGAUGCACUGGGGAAGGCAGCUCGUGCCGUGGAAGAUCAUCUGCCUGAUGUUGCUGUUCAGCUGUAUACUGAUGCUAUUUCACUUCUGGAGGAGGAUGACAAGGACCAAAUGGCCUUUGAUCUUUACCGUGCUCUAACUGCCGUCUACAUAAAGCUUGAGAAGUACACAGAUGCUGCAGCUGCCUUGUUGAGACUGGGUCUUGCAGCUGACAAAUCCAGUGCUACUAACAGCCAGUUCAAGGCAUACCUUGGUGCCAUUAUUGUGUACCUUUAUGCUCAUGAUGUCAAGGCAGCAGAGAAAUGCUAUAAUGACUGCUCACAGAUUUCUGCGUUUUUGGGAAGUGACCAGGGUCGAUGUGGUAGCAGGCUUAUCUCAGCUUAUUCGGAAGGCGAUGUUGAAGAAAUUAAACGUCUGGCUCAGUCUAGCACCAUUUCUCAUCUUGACCAUGCUAUCAUCAAGCUGGGAAGAAAGCUACCCACUGGUGAAGUUACCGCAGUAAAAGCUGGGACUGAAGAGGGAGAAGGCCUGGACGAGAAUGAUCUCACAUAACGAUUUUUCUCAUUCUCGACACCUGAUCCCUGCUAGAGGGAUGGGUUCCCAUUUCCAAUUCGCUGUGUGUAAAUUAUAUACUUGUAACUUGCUGGAUAUAUAUAUCUUCGGAUCAAUGCCUUAUUUUUACAGUGUGUAAAACUUGUUUUUUUACGACGAUCUAGUCAAAUCAAACCGAUAAUGACAUGACAUGAUAAACCCUGGAUAUAUAAAGUUCAAUUGGAUUAUUGAUUACUGCAUCAACUAUAGAUAAAAAUUUGUUCACCUU